UGUUCUGCCAAUCGCUUGAGGACAGAGUGGGAAAAGGAGCAAGCAGAGUUAGAGGCAGGACAAAAGAAGUUAUAUAGACGGCUUUAUACGUAUAUUUUAAUGUUUUAAAAGGCGUGUAGUGGGGAAAAAAAACAAUAGCAGUGAGUGUGGACAUGACAGCGUAGUUAUGGAGCCCCCUUUGAGCAAGAGGAAUUCGGCGAUAAGAUUAGCGGAUUUGGCAGCGACUCAACCCCUUCCUCAUCAGAAUAUGACAGGCUUCCCAGGGAUAGGGGGGCAUCACCCUCACUCCCACCAUGCCCACCUCCACCCUGGGGAGAUGGGCAACGACCCCGGAGUGGCUCUCACUCCACUCGGACCCGAGCACAUGGCACAGACAAAUGCUCUCAAACUUAGUCCAUCUCAGCACAUUCAAAGCCACCCCGAAGCCCAGACCGCGGCAUCUUUCACUUCUUCUCAGACCACAGUUGGUUUCCCCGUGGCUCACCCCCACUCAGGCUACGCAACCAGCAGGGACUUUAUCCUCAGGAGAGAGCUCUCAGCCUCUGCUAUGCAUGCACUUGGCGACCAGCAUAGUUCCGCCUCCUCCCCUCAUCACCAUGGCAUGUUCAUUUCCCCAACAGGUGCUUACGGGCACACGGAAGGUGGUGCCCAUCCACUUUUUGGUGGACUUCACGACCAAGCGGCCCCGGGUGCUCAUCACCAUGCUCUCAACGGACAGAUGCGCCUGGGUCUACCGGGGGACAUCUACGGCAGGCCAGAACAUUUCGGCCACAGGCCCGAACACUAUGGACCUUCCUCACUCCACAGCUACAACUCCAUGAACUUAAAUGUGAACAUCACUUCAGCUCCUCACGGAGCCACGGGGGCGUUUUUGAGAUACAUGAGGCAGCCCAUCAAGCAAGAGUUAAUCUGCAAAUGGAUUGACCAGGAGCAAACGUCGAAGAAACCGUGCUCCAAAACUUUCAGCACCAUGCACGAGCUGGUGAACCAUGUCACCGUGGAACACGUCGGGGGACCCGAGCAGAGCCACCACGUCUGCUUCUGGGAGGAAUGUCCGCGCGAGGGCAAAGCGUUUAAAGCGAAGUAUAAAUUGAUCAAUCACAUCCGAGUUCACACGGGAGAGAAGCCGUUUCCUUGUCCUUUUCCCGGUUGCGGAAAAGUGUUCGCCCGCUCGGAAAACCUUAAGAUUCACAAGAGGACUCACACAGGUGAGAAGCCCUUCAAAUGCGAGUUCGAUGGCUGCGAUAGAAAAUUUGCCAAUAGCAGCGACAGGAAGAAGCACUCCCAUGUCCACACGAGUGACAAGCCUUACUACUGCAAAGUCAGAGGCUGUGACAAGUCCUACACGCACCCCAGCUCCUUACGGAAGCACAUGAAGGUGCACUGCAAGUCUCCUCCACCCCCACCAUCCAAUUCGGGGGCAGCGUACCACUCGUCGUCCGCUUCGCUCGGCGACACCCUCUCACCGACCUCCGAGUCCCACAGGAACCGCUCCACGAACCUUUCGCCUCAGGUUACCAACCUCAACGAGUGGUACGUGUGCCAAGGGAGUGCCGUCCCCAACAAUCUGCACACACCUUCCAGUGACGUGCCGACAUCAGAAUCUGAUGACGAGGACUCUUUCAGACAUUCGGACCCAAGGACAAUGCUCUGAUGUGAACGCCCAAGGAAUAUAUUUAUGUUGUACUGUCCCCCACUGUUUUUAUAAAGGUGCUUGAUGCACAGUAGCCUACUCCUAAGUGCACCAGGCUAGUGGAAAGACACAAAACAGCACAGAGGUUGUCAGACGGUGGAGAGCAUCUGCCCUCAAUAGCUACCCUUUGCCCUUAAGAUGUGCGUAAUGCUUUCAUGUCAAAUGUGUUCCCCCACACAGCAUUACAUUUUGAUCAACACAGUCAUAGCUGGCCAUAACUACUGCAACUAAGUGGACUCGACGUUUUGGAAAACAAAGAUUCAAUGUCAGAGAGUUAACGGAGUGAAGCCUGAUUGAAAGUCAGAAUCAUUUCAUCAACAAAACACGGGAUCAUACAAAACGCUGAUCAUGAGCUGCAAGUUUCCGCAUUCAUGGUCCGGUCUUAGUUGAUUAAGUCAUAUCCAGUCUAUUAUGUGACAUCAACAUUGUUUGUUUGAAACAAUAAGAGUUAAUUGAUGUGUUUGUAUCAAUGAGUCAACGGUUUUAUAUAGCUUACCUUCCCCCCAGAGGUCUUUUAUAGUGAUGUACUGACGUCGAAUGUCUGAGGGACAACUGUUCUUUCCAAGUGUUAUGUAAACAUUCCAAAUGUUUUGCAGUGAGAAUCAUUUUCAAGUAGGCUUAUCAGUUGUAUCAUGUCAGUGUCAAGGGAAAAUUGUUUAUUCUAAAUAUGUUUGAGUACUUGUUUAUACAAUAACUGUGGUUGGGGCAAUUUUGUGAUAUUUAAGGACUAUUUAAAACUAUAUUUUAUGCAAAAGCCAAUGUAACUCUGAUUUAAGAGUAUGAAUAUGUCCUUCGAGACCCUAAAUAAUGUAAAAUUGACAGGCCUAUUCCUGAUUUGUAAAAAAGGCUAAUAGUAUUGAUGCUUGUGAAUGUUGUGGUACCGUCCCAACGAGUUUUGUACAUUGUAAUUUAUUUGCUGGUAUUAAUGUUGGUCUGAAAUUACAGAUACACCAAAGAAUAAUAUGAUUAAUUUUGGUGAAAUGUAGUGAUUUUUAUGGUGUUAUGUAAAAGCUUUUACUUGAAUAGACUGUGUAAUGUGAAAAAUCCCUCGCAUGCCCUGUGUAGUAACUGUGUCUUUCUGUUGAGGUGCAUGGUGCCGUUGACUGUGGUGGGUGAGACGUGAAAAAGGAUUGUGAAGAUCUUUAAUGUUUUUAAUGUUUAAUGACGAAAUUGAUAUGUAUAAAUUUAUGGACUUGAAUAAAAAAACAGGACAUGUA